AUGGAGUGUGAAACGUUGGAGAAAGUGUUGGCCUCUGUCAAAGAACAAAAGCAGCAAUUGGUCGAGUCGCUUGUUUCAGAGCAUUUAGCCAUUGAAGAAAUCAAAGAAAACUGCAAACAAAUCGCAAACCUCCAAAGUCAAAUUAAACAAUUAGAGAAAAAAUUGUACGAAAGGUCAGAGUUCCAUUUUGACCCAUCGCAAAUGCAAAAACGGUUUGAUGCUUUGCGGAGAGUAGAACAAUCGAAAAAUCGACUCAACCGGGCUUACCAGCGAAAUUUGGCACUCAAAGCCGAGAAGAGUCGCCUCGAGAAAAUAGAUGAAGAGAAGAAACCGGACAUCAAAAGAUACCAAGAGAUGGAAGAAUACCGCAAAGCCGAUUUUGAGAAAGCGUUUUAUGAAGUUAAAGACGCAAUCGAUGAGAUGCAGAACAACGAGUUGAUGUUGAGAAUAGAAAGUCUUAAGAAGGAGAAAGUCAAACGUCUUAUUUUGGAGAAUAACCAGACGGUCAAAAUUCUCGCUGAAAAGCUCGAGGAGUUGACAGGUCAACAAGUGCCACAGGUUGUUAUCAAUAAUGAAGAAGACGAACAAAUGGAAGUGGAACACCAAGAACCAAUCGAAAACCCAGUCAAGAGUACUAAAAUUAUUUAUAAAAAUCUCCCACUGAAGUAUGUCAUUCAUGGAACUGAAAGUACGCCAGAAGCGCAAUGA